CUGACCGGUUCUCGCUGUCUGCUGAGGAGUAUCUGGGCCAGACUCAUGUUUUAACUUACAUUGAGGAUGCAGUGAGUCAGCUACUAGAAUAUAAGGAUGAACAUAGUAAAAUUGGGAUUACCAGGUUCUUCGCUGAAUAGAGUUAUUCUCUAUGCGGGUCACUACUCCUUCAACGAAGACUCAAUAAGGUCGAUCCUUUGUUAAACUACCGAAUGAAACCGACUCCUCUCAAUCCUUCGGGUCCUGUACUUCAAUAAAGUCUUCAUUCUCCCGUACUACUGCUGGAAUAAGGUACAUCAACACAUCUAGCAAAAAUUGCCAAUCGAGCACUAUUGUACCUUGCAACAGAACGCAACACUCCAUUUUUAAAAAAAUGAAGCCACGUCAUAAAAUAAAUAUGCAACAGAAACGGAGACACAGAUGCACGUUCUAGCUGGAAAACUAAAAACUAAAAACUAACUGCAUCAUCUGGGGUCUUCCUUUAUAUACCCGUGGUGCACAUGUCAUCACAUGACCUCACAUCGGUGGGAAAAUUACAUCAGGUGACCUCCAAAAGACCAUUACAUCAUUCUCCAAAAAAAACACAGAUCUCCUUGAGUUUCUCCAGUGUUAAACGUGGAAGUCACAUUUUGUUUCGUGAGUUCAGCUUUGUGAACGCCACCCCGUACAACAGAGCCUCAUUUAUACGAAUGUUCUGGCAGUGCUUUCGACAAAUAGGCAAGAAUGGAGAUCUACUGACAGUAAUGGAAUACCAUUCCUUACUUCAGCUUAUUUGUCAUGACUUUCCAAUGGAUCUUUCCCAGAAAGCAGCAAGGAUUAUUCUCAUGGAUGAUGCAAUGGACUGUCCAAUGUCAUUUAUGGAUUUUUUGUAUGCAUUCCAGAUACAGUUCUACUACUGUGAAUUUCUUGAAAGCAUUGCUACAAUUUACGAAGAUCUCCAUCUGGGAAAGAAUCCAAAUACUGUGAUUGUGCCAACUUCUUCAAUUGAACAAUCACAGUCACCUACUAGUGAUUCACCAACUCAAGAGGGUGUUGAUGCAUCCCAGUUUUAUGACUGUUUGGAAACACUCUGUGAUAGGUAUAAGCACAGUUACCCACCAACUUCAUACCUUGAGCAGAUCCUCCACAAAGUGGAUCGAGUGACGUUCUUUGGAUUUCUGAUGGCCAUUGUAAAGCAUGAGGGAAUCAACUGCAAAUUGGGAAUUGUGCCCAAUAAGGCAGAACUUUUUACAAAUUCAGAAAUGGACCAAGAGCUUGAGAAAUUUAUUGAUCACAUACUCAAUAACCCAACCACCAGUACUCCUACGCACAAGGAACCAACCCGAAAAUCCACUCAUCGUAAGACUUUGCAUCGUCGCAAAAAAGUGGACGUUGAGAGUGAUGGGUCAACUGAAGAAACUGAUUCCUCUGAAAGCUGAUUCCAUUUUUGUACAUUCAUUUUUUUCAUUUCAUUGUGAAGUCUUAAGUUAUACUAGUUUUGUUAAAAUGCAAUUUGAGUCCCAUUCGGAUUAAUGGGAUGAAAAUUGCCUUUUUCUACUACCUUUACUGGGUCUGCUCAACCCAGUUCCAUUUGAACCUUGCUCAAAUAAAAAAUAGCAGCAGCAAUCUCAUUUACUGAACCCUUCUGGGGAUGGUACUGUUAUGCAGAUGGUGUGGUGGGAGGCUGUAAAAAGGAGCAAUGGGUGCCCAACUGUCCACCUAACCUUAUCAAUAAACUAUGUCAUCUUGAUAAGAACAAACGUACAAACAUUUCUGUCCAUCUACUUCAGAUGGAAUAUUGAAGAGACAAAUCUUACAACACUAGAGUCACAGUAUCUGAAUCGAGAAACUAUGAUGAUGCAUCUCCAUGAAGUUCUGCUCAGGAUGCUUCCAGGUAUUAAUGAUCUUCUUGUCAUAUUAUUUGUCCAAUGGUUAAGAAAGUUAGCUGGAAUUUUUAAAAAAUACCAUAACUAAUUCAACCAUCCUAUAGUUAUCAAAAAAACGAUGAUUUGGUUUCAACAGUGAUAAUCUAUAAUUGAACGUCAUUGUCAAUGGUAACAGCUUAAAAAAGAACAGGUGAAUUGAUAAAGGUUUUGAAUCUGAGUAAAAUCUAUCAGAUACAAAAGAGAUUUAACCUUACAAGGAAGUUGCAAGGAUCUUCUAUUAAUCUGUAAACAGAGGUGAAAUUCACUAAAAACAAUAACUUGAUUAAGUAAAUAAAUAAAUUUGAACAGAAUAAAAGGAACCAGAGAAUUAAUCCAGAGCAUAAUACAUAUUGUUUAUACAAAUUUUCUUAAUGAGUUCAUUUAGACAUACACUAUCUAUGACUCCUCAGUUGAAAGGAUUAGAAACUGCCAUAUUAAAUGUAGCUGAAUUGAGUGCAGAUUUACUCUGAGGUUUCAGAUAAAGUUCACCUCUACAGUGAAAACCACAAGAUUGUAAAAACAAGCCAACCUUGCAAUUACAUUAUAAAUUGAGCCACUAAAGUAUUCUUGGAUUUCUCUAUGGUUGCCAUUGAACGAUGCAAGAUUUAGUUUUGAAUUAUAUUGCUUUAAGGAAAAAAAUAACAUUACUUCUAUGUUUCACAUGAAAUAUUCUCUCGGCAUUUCUCAAGUUACUGUUUUGGCACUUUGAAAAUUGUUUAGGAAUAGACUUUGAAUCCAAAAAUCAAACUGCGUUUUCUGACAGUGUGUUGUUGAACUAAGUAGUGUUGCAAAUCUAUUUCAUACACUCAUUAUUCUCAAUUAUUUCCUCCACAUAUAUAACAAUUUAAGUGCCCAUGGUCUCUAUUUCAAUCACUAAUUAUGAAAUGUAGCCCUUUACAUCUUAUCUAAAACAAUUUUCCAGCUACUCAGUCCACCCUUUGAUUAUUUUAAACAUGACUAUAAAAUCUUUAUCCAAAUGAAAACAAAUCUAAACUCAUUACUCCUUCAUUACUUUAAUGAUACGAAAUAAUCUAAAAUCUCUUAUAUUCUCUAACUCAUUCUCAUCAUUUUCCAUAGGAGCAUUCAAGUUCUGUGAUAAGCACAUUUUAAUUACAUAUGCGCCGAUUUCCAACACUCUUGAUAAUCAUCAACUAUUCCAGCCAGAUUUUUCAUCAACUUUUAUACCUCCUAUGGUGACUGCGUGUUGUAAGCAUAUUUCCUAGCUUAAAUCAAAUGUUCAGAUAUUGUGCAUGCAUAUUAGAUGCCUACGCAUUAUUGCAUUCUGUUUACCAAGAAAAUACAGAAAGCCUGGAAAUAAAUCUUAAAAGUAGCGAGUGACAAUCAUUACAUUUCUCUUGUUUUUAUUUCCUUCCUCAAAUUUUUACCUCAUUGCAACUUGAGGAUUUUGAAAGAUAAAGUAACAUUAGCCUGGCAGGUAAUCCAUAUGCUCAUACAUGUAAUUUUAUAUUUGUUGUUCUGUUUCAAUGCAAGUGUAAUUUACUGCUAAACUUUGCACAUUAGUGUAAUGUAAAUGCCUUUAAAAAAAGAUAUAAAAAUGUUUUCACUUUAUAUACUCCCUCUCAUAUUUCUUUCAAGACAUCAUAAAGAACUUUAAAGACAAUGAAACACUUAUGAAGCUUCUGCACCAGUGACGCCUCUGAUAUGAUAGAGGAAAUCCAAUUUACACAUAACCAAGUCCCACAAACAGGAGUGAUAAUGACCAGAAGAUUUGAUUUUGCAAAGUUAAAUAUUAAAAAUUAAAUGCUCAUUAAAAGUUUAAAAUUUAGCAAGUAUAAAUAUUGGCUUAGAUACUGGGAAUGACUUCUCUACUUUCCUUUGAGAAGGCAUCUUGUAAUCGUUAUAUCUAUUGGCUAGAGCAAAUGUCAUCCAAAUGACAGUAUCUUCUUCACUACAACGUGUCCUAAUAUUAAAUAAAACUGUUAAAACAGUUGUUGAUGUGUCAAGUCACAAGGUCUGUAAAAUGAAGAAAUAACCAGUGACACAUGUGCUAACAAACAAUCUGCUGGAGGCACUCAGCAUGUCAAGCAGCAUCUGUGAGGAGAAAAGUAUUGUCAACAUUUUGGGUGUUGAUGCAGGAUUUCGACUCACCCACUUCCCUCUGCCACCACAUAAGCUUCUCAACCAACUGAGUUCCACUGGCGGAUUGUUCGUUGCCCAGAUUCCAGCAGCUGCAGUCUCACCUUGAAACUUGUACUGUCAGUUUCAAAAGAGUAGAAACACAAGCUAGUAUGAUGUAACAUUGUCAUUUUUGGUCAAAUUUGUUCUAGAAAUAGAGUUUAUUUGAAAGCUUGUUACAGCAAAGAUUUUUUUCUAGCAUUUUGCUUG